GCUCGCUCCCGUGCUACAAGGAUGCUUGCAUACCCGGGUUGCCUUCUGCCGACGCCCAUAAGGUGUUCGUCGAAUUGCCACAGUGAUUUUGAAAGCUUCUAGACAAGACAGGCUCUGACAGAGAAUUGUCAAUGACACACACUACAAUUUCUUGUGAUUCACGCUACCUGCAGGGGAAUUAUUAGCUUUGCCGUAUCUAUUUGGUGCUCUACUAAACCAAUGGCCACAACGAAUCCCGAUUCCAGUGUUUAAUGAAAGUCAUUGUAGAAGGCUAGAAGCUGAAACGCUGCUUUGCUGUGCUGGAAUUUAACAAUACGAAUUUACUAGAUUGAUGGACUAAAAGACCAAUCCAAAAGUGUUAAAAAAAGUUUAUAUAUUAUAGUUUCCAAUUUCUGUGUCCCCUUAGUGAAUCUCUCCUCGUAUUCAACAGUUGGGUUAUUUUGGUGCAUUAGAGCACAAUCUUUGGAUCAGCUAACAUCUCAAGUGACAAUAAGUUGUAAAAGCUCAUCGGAGGUCUAAUUGCCGGCCUGACUGAUCAAUAUGUCCGUUUUAGAUUUCCAAUCAGUUUUUGAAAGAAAAUAUUUGUUUGUUCAUGCAAAACAAGCUUCCAAUUUAUGCAACUGCUUGUGCUGGGUUCUAAUGUACUGUUCGAAACCAAGAGAGUGAGAAACAGAGACAUGCUUUUUGUUCAUUGAAGCUGUCAAGUUUGUGUGCCUUCUUUUCAAUGCUCACAGAUGAGAAGGAAUAUUGGUGUUUGCAGUGAUUGGAACUAAUUUUGCACUGCAGGGCCUUCUUUUCUUGAUAUCACUUCAAAUAAUUUUUGUAAUUCUUGUCUCAUAGGGGCAUAGCCUUCAAUGCACUGAAUCCUUCAUGCGUGAGAAUGUUAUGGAUGAGCUUAAGCAGAUGCAACCUGAAGAUGAAUCAAAGAAAAAGAUGAUAGAUAUCCUUAAGCGGCUCCACUUGGAAGAAGAGAUGGACUCGGAUGGUGAAGAUGAGUCAAUGUUAUCGGAGGAGCUUAUUCAAAAAGUCAUGUCUGGGGAAGAAAUAAAGAUCGAAGACCUCUCUGAUGAUGAAGUCAAACGAUUUCGACGAGCUCUGGCCUCAGGUGAACUCAGCAAGAUGAUUGAGCCAUGGACACCAUGGUGGAAAAAGCCAUCUGCUAGAUUGAUAACCCUUAGUCCUGAUGGAAGCCAGCUUAUCAGACAAGUGAGGGAAGAAGACACUGCCACAUCAGGUCCAAUGACUGACCAAGAGCCAGUCACCAUCAAUGAAAUCCCAGAAGGGCCAGAAUCUCCUCUCCCAGCGCUGAAACAGCUAACAAGGGCGGAGCCAUCGCCUCUGCUUGCCGUUCACUUGGUUGACAUUCUGUACAGUUACUGCUUCACGCUUCGGCUCUACAACGGUGAUUGGCACUCUGAUCCUUUGGGUGCUUCCACUGUUGCCCUAUCUAUGUCUAAAGUCAUGGGGGAGGAUGCUAAGCCUGAGACAGUACCUGAAGCACUGACGGCUUGCAUAGAGGAGACAUGCUCACCUGCUUACAGGCACACAGGUGGUUUCAGGUUUGCUAUCGGGCUUCUGGAUGAUAUCAUCUCCAUUCUGUCCUUGGGACACAACGUGCUUGUCUGCGCGCUAAGUGACUUCCAUCGACUCAUUGAAGCUGGUAAGAGCAUGCUCAAGGUGGAGAAAGUGGGCAAGACGGAGAGCGCGCAGAGCUCUUCGAAGCUUCGUGGUGCAGCUAGGAAGCUAUUCUUCAUGACUUGUUGGGUCCAUGAGCAGCCGGAAGAGGCUUGGCCGCCUUUAGCUCGCAUUGUCGAAGUACAAAAAGCAUCUCUCGAGGAGUUGGACACUGGGAAUCGGAAGACGGAUAUAAAGAGCAAGCAGCAAUCCAAGGUUCUUAUCGAGGAGCUGUAGGCGUGUGGAUUUACUGCUAGAUUGCAACUCUGUGUACCCUUCCUAUCUCGCAGGCUGAAUCCAUCCAACGAGUUCACCUUGUAAUGCAGUGGUUUGUGCAUACACUCUAAUUUUGUUGAAGAAAUUUGUAUACAUAUCUGAAAUCCUGUUUAAAGUGAUCCUAACCGAUGCAUCAAGUUUGCUUUUGUUCGUUA